AUGUCCACGGCGAUGGUGUCGCCGGCGCACGGCGGGUUCCGGCGGUCGGGGAGCGGGAAGCCGGAUCCGGAGGAGGCGGACAGGAUGAGGAACGCUAACGGCUUCUUCUCCGUCCCAGAUGAGGAGGAGGAAGAAGAGGAAGAGCAUGAGCAUGGCGAGGCUGCGGCGGUGAGGAGGAGGGAAGAGGACGAGGAGGAGGACGAGGCGGAGGCGCUGUCGGAGGCCUCGUCGAUCGGGGCGGCGUCGUCCGACAGCUCCUCCAUCGGGGAGAACUCCGCGUCGGACAAGGAGGAGGAGGAGGAGGAGGAGGAGGAGGGGGAGAGCAAGGUGCAGGGGCUCGGCAUGAUGGGGCUGGCCACGCUCGAGUCCUUGGAGGAUGCCCUGCCCGCCAAGCGGGGCCUGUCCAACUUCUACGCGGGCAAGUCCAAGUCGUUCACGAGCCUGGCGGAGGCGGCGGCGACGGCGGCCGCCAAGGAGAUCGCCAAGCCGGAGAACCCGUUCAACAAGCGCCGCCAGGUGCUGCAGGCGUGGUCGCGGCGCCGGGCGUCCUGCAUCGCGCUGGCCACCACGUACCUGCCGCCGCUCCUGGCCCCGGACCACGCCGUGGAGGAGGAGGACGACGAGGAGGGCGCGGACGACGAGGAUGACGAGGAGGAGCGGCAUGGCGGCAGCGGCGGUCUCAGGAGAAGGAGGCCGCCCACGUUCCCGUCCCCGCGGCUGAGCGUGCACGCCACUGCCGGCGGCCAGGUGCCGAGGAACAGCUCGUUUAGGUCCCCGAGGUCCUUCUCCAUGAUGGAUCUCCACAGCGCGGGCUGCGAUUGGCAAUCAAGCAGCCAAGAUUAG